AUGGGACUCAAGAGAAAGCCCCCGACCACCCUACUCGAACUCCUCGAGGGUCAACCAGGGGAGGGUACGCAGGGAACACCACAACCCAAUGCUCCUCCUCCACCACCUCCGCCUCAAGUUAUCCAGACAAGGUCAUCCUCCUCAAAGUCACAGCCACAAUCCCCUCGCCCCAAACUUCCUGCUUCCCCCCCACCAGCUCUGCCUCCUCGGUCGAAGAGCAUUGAUUCAAAGAGGAAGAGGAGUCCCAAGGGUAAGGAAACCGUGGAUGGGGGAAAGUCCCAACCUUCUAAGGAGAGGGAGGAAGCCCCGCGUGCGAAGCAAUUAAAGAUCGGUCACCAAAGCAAGGGUAAGGAGACCGAAGUCCAACCUUCCCAAGGCAAGGGAAAGGGGAUCGAGGUCCAAUCCUCGCCCAGCGCCUGGCUCCCCACCGCGAUGCUCCACAGGGGUCCACUAUUGGAAACUGCGUCCAUGAGGGACCUUGGAGAUGGCGAGGGUGGUUACGUGGCAGACGCACUAGGGAGAACCAUGUUACUUCCCACCGACGUGGAUGGGCUGAAGAAAAUGAGGAUGCAGGAGGCUCUCCAGGCCACCUAUAGGAUGGAAGAAGAGGUGAACAAUCAGAGUAAGGCGGCCGAGAAUGAACGCUCCAAGCGCUUACUGGCCGCGCGGACACUUAAAGCUUCCGAGGACGACCUCGCCAAGACCAAGACUGCUCUAACAGAUGCUAUCCGAGACAAGGAUAAGCAUGACAAAGGUGUGGCGGAGUAUGCCCAUGACGAAGCCAUAAGAGCCAAGCAGAAGGCCGAGUUUGCUAGAAAUGAGGCUGAAGCUGCCAAGGAAACGACCGAGGAUGAUGGUUAUAAUGCGGGGGUUUGGGAAAAGGCCCUGAAGCGAGCUGGGGUGGAUGCUUCAUCCGAUUUGUGGAAAGCGGAGAACAUAUUUUAUCCUGCAGCCAUCCGUGAGGCCACCUCCACCAGCUCCGUGGCUGUAAGUGACCAACCCGAGGAAGGGGUCACUCAGUCGGAAACCGUACAGGUCGGCGCCUCUCCUGGCGAGACGCUCAAAGAGGGAGAACUUCAGAAUGUGAUAGACACCUCUCAGCGUACAGAUCCCGAGGCAAUUCCCCUUACUGUGGUCCCCAAGAGUGCCGAUACUGACCCUGUUCAGCCUUCCCCAGAAGGGACUAUCCUCCAGGGCGUCGAAGCUGAUCCCGUUCCGCCUUCCCAGGAUGUGGCCGAUGCAAAACUAAAGAAGUAG